AUGGCGUGCCGAAGACUUGAUCCAAGCAGCUUUCGUCUGCGUGGUGCACUUGGGCGCCUUUGCAGCACCUUUCUUCUUCACCUGGAAGGCCUUCGCUUGCUUUUGCGCACCUUGGUUGACAGACCGGGCAGCACCAGGGAGCCCGGUGGUACCGUCAAGCGGGACUCGGGGCUCGCCCGCUUGUUCACAGCGCCGGUGGAUCCACGAAGAGAUCGGUCCAUUCCUCAGUCGCUCCAGCCGAGUCCGAGCCCUCCCGAGGUGGGCUACGUGAUCACAGGCAUGCUGGGCAUCACCUUGUCCUAUCAUCGGCAGCUCUCCCACCGUGCCUUCGCCACUCCUAAGUGGCUGGAGUAUGUUUUGGCCUACUGUGGUGCCUUAGCCGUCCAGGGUCCGCCAAUCAGCUGGGUGUCCUCCCAUCGGCAUCAUCAUGGCAACACAGAUGCAGAGGAUGAUGUGCAUUCUCCUCGGGAUGGCUUUUGGUGGUCACACAUGGGCUGGCUUAUGGACAAGGACGGCACCAAGGUCCGAGAGGACAAGAAGAACGCCUCGGACAUAUCGUCGCAAAGCUACUACCGCUUCCUGCAACAGACCUACGGUCUUCACUGUGUGGUGCUGCCCAUUUGUUUGCUCUACGCCUUUGGUGGAGUCCCCUGCGUCCUGUGGGGCUUCUUUGCCCGGGUGGUGUGGUUCUGGCACAUCACAUGGGCCGUGAACUCCGUAAGUCAUGUGUGGGGCUUCCAGGACUGGAAGACAGGCGACCUCUCGAUGAACAAUUGGCUUGUUGGGAUUUUAGCCUUUGGCGAGGGAUGGCACAACAAUCAUCAUGCCUUUGAACGAUCUUGUCGACACGGACUGAAAUGGUGGCAGGUGGACUUUACGUGGUACGCCAUCCGCACUCUGGAAGCAUUGGGUUUGGCCUGGAAUCUUCAGUAUCCUUCUCAAGGCCGCAUGGAGAGAUUGGCCAUGUGA